AGCGAUGAUUCCUCGCCCAACCGCGACCUGAAGAAAAGCAAAAGGCAUAGUCUGUGAGCCUCCGAAUAAAACGCCAGUUGCAUAUCAAUGGGACACCCUGAGAUAUCAGAAGACACGUUUGGCUAUGAGUCAAAAACCACCCUCGGUCUCCGGGAAAGUAUCGACGAUGUAACACCUGUUCCCGCGCAAGAGAGCAGACUGCAACUAUUCGAAACGCAACCUUCACCCGAAGAACAGCAAUGGACACCCGAUCUGCGAGACUGGCUAGUGUUCGUCAACAUACUCAUUCUUGCGAUGAUGGACAGUUUUGAUGCGACAGUGAUGAUGCCAGUUCUGCCGGAACUGGCCAACGCCUUUGACAAACCCUUUGUCACUACUCUUUGGGUCAACACGAUUUACCUCAUCAUCAGCGCUGCCAGCCAACUAUACUUCACGAUGAUGUGCGAUGUUUUCAGCCACGGCCCGUUGUGGAUUAUAGCAGGCGUAUUGAGCACAAUCGGCUCCGGUGUCUGUGGAGGUUCAAUGAGCCUGGCUGAGCUUAUAAUCGGCCGCAUGGUCCAGGGUAUUGGCGGAGGUGGCGCAACAGCGCUUUGCUUUGUGAUAAUGGCGGAUACAACCCCAGAGUCCAUUCAGUCGCGAUAUUCAUGCUACAUCCUGUUGGUCCGACUGAUCGGUUCGAUGUUGGGCCCCGCCGUCGGCGGCCUUUUCAUUGACAAGGGCAGUUGGACGUGGGCUUGUUAUUUCAACUUUGUCUUUUGUGGACUGGGGUUGUUGCUAAUUCCUAUCUCGGUGGAUCUGCGCGUCUCCAAGAAUAUCCCGCUCCGGAAGCUGCGCAUCAUGGAUUGGUCUGGAGCCACGAUGGCAUUGUUGGGUCCAUCGAGUAUUCUGAUCGGUCUAGGUUGGGGUGGAACUUUGUAUCAGUGGACUGAGUGGAGGACUCUGAUGCCGAUUGCCGUUGGGAUUGCAAUACUCAUUGCAUUGGUGCUGUAUGAGUCGAUGUGGGCGUUGCAUCCGCUGUUCGGUGCGAAGAUUUUUAGGUCUCCGGGAGAGAUCAUGACCUACGUUGGCUGCUUCUGUCAUGGCUUUGUGAUGCUUUGCCAGAUGCAAUACUUUUCGCUCUACUUCCUCGCAACCAAGUAUUAUACUGCCACCGUUGCAGGACUGGCUCUCUUGGCUCUCACUGGUCUGGCACUUACACCUGCAGCCGUGGUAGGAAUCGUACUCGCAAGCGAGCCGCAGUGUUCCAAAUAUCUCAUCUCUGGAGGAUGGGCCUUGACCAUUCUCACAUCCGGUUGUUCCAUCCUACUCGACCGCAACACCCCGACUGUCGGGUGGGUAUUCCUGUUCUUCGCAGCUGGUUUAGGCCACGGACUUCUUCUGGCAAGUUAUAAUAUCGAGAUCUACGAUAUGCCUAAAAGCGAAAGAAGAUCAUCCGCCGCCAAGCCGAUUGUCAUUUCUAAUUUCCUGCGUGCAUGGGGGAUGGCAGUCGCUAUUCCCAUGGGAGGCGUGGCCUUCUUAAACCUGUUUGGGGAUGAGCUUCAGAGCCUUGGACUGAAGCGUGAUGUGGUCAAUACCGCCAACGGAUAUCUAGUGCUGAUGAACCAAGUACAGAUGUCAGGCGAUCAGAGAAAAGCUAUUCAAGAUGCCUCGGCCACGGCAUUGCAGAUUGUAUGGGAGCUUAUCACAGGCGUCAGCGUCGUGGGCGGCCUCUCGUCAGCAUUAUUAUGGAGGAACAAGUCAUAG